AAUUUGUUACUUCCGAUGCUGUGGUUUUCUUACGUACUUUCUUUCCCCCUCUUUUCUGCUAAUUUCAGGACUCAGAGGCUACAAGAAGAAAUAAAUAAAAGCGCAUCUGACGCACUUAGGAAACGGGAGCUGAAUGUCAAGAGUAUUGAGGAGACCUAUGACCAGAAGCUCAAGAAUGAGCUGCUCAAGUAUCAACUUGAACUCAAGGACAACUACAUCGCUAGAACUAACAAGCUGAUGGAAGAUGAAAGGAAGAAUAAAGGUGACUCUGGGGGCAGGCUGUGGUUUUCCGCGCUGACGUAGGCUGGUAGCUUGCUCUCCCUAUUCCAUACUCUAAAACAGCCAUCGCUUACCCUUCGU